GAUCACGCCUUUCAAGUGCUCACCUCGUGGGCAGGGGCCCCCCACCAUCCCUGCCUGCCGCUGCGCUUUUUGAGGUCGCCUCACUGAUCUGGCCAGCAAGUCAACUACAAUCUGUACGAAACGAAUUCCGGACAACUUACUGAAGGGCUGCGACAACCCCAUUUGCUUCCCCGUCGACAAACCUUUGUUUACCAGGGCGAACCCUCGAGUCUUCACAACGGUAUUGCGUGAAGAGUGGUCGACGAUGCGUCUGGUUUCAUUUAUCGUUCUGGCUUUGGCCAGCCUCGUUUCCGCACAGUUUGGCUUCUUUGACCAGAUGUUUAGUGGUGGGGGACAGCAACACCGCCAACCCCAAAAUGUGCCAAGCGACUCGUCCCACUAUCGCACACAAUACGCGCGCUCACACUGCGACAAGUACCUAUGCCCGGAUACACUAGCGUGCGUCCACUUCCCCCACCACUGCCCAUGCCAAUGGCCGUCGCACGAGGACAAAUUCGAACUCGCCGAAGGGCAGCGGAUCUGCAUCUCUAAGGGCGGGUUCAAGGCUGGGGAGGCGGCGAGGAAGGUUGAGCUGGCGCGCAAAGGGCUGCUAUGAUACUUCAAAAAGACGCUUUCCCUCUUUCAUGCCUACACAUUAUUACAUUGCCAAACGGCCUGGGGUUUACAAAAGUAGAGCAAAGAGACACAAAUAACUUUGUCACGUAGCCCAAUACAGACCAUUCCCUCUGCCACGAAUACACGGCCAGCCACGUAGCAUCCUAUUCAUCCCGAAUUC